AUGUGUCUUCUGUCUUUGUCAUACGUGAUCUUGAGUCUCUACUGCUGUCAUUCAGCUUCAGUGUUUGAACAGAGAGAUGAAGCUCACGGAGUCUUGAACCGGAUCAAGAGAGCAAACUCGGGCUGGUUUGAGGAGCUGAAGAUGGGUAACCUGGAGAGGGAGUGUCUGGAGGAGAAAUGCUCUUUCGAGGAGGCGCGGGAGGUUUUUGAACACACAGAGGCGACGAAUGAGUUCUGGAAAACCAACAGUGUGAAAGAUCACUGUAUAUCAAACCCGUGUCAAAAUAACGGCCUGUGCAUGAAUCAGAAUGCAGAAUUCUACAUGUGUCUGUGCACGCCGGGCUUCAGUGGACGAAACUGUGAUCAGGUAAUGAAAGAUUUUCCUGAUUCAUGUCUACAUGAUAACGGUGGAUGUGAACACUUCUGUACGGACGGCAGCGGUCAGAGAAACUGCUCGUGUGCUGAUGGAUAUUUCACCGGCUCAAACGGACACAACUGUCUGACACACGAAUCUUUUCCAUGCGGGAAGGUUCCACUUCUUCAGGGUGGAGGCGGAGAUAAAGAACUUCGGGACGACACAAGAUCUCGUAUCGUUGGCGGAACCGAAUGUCCUAAAGGUCACUGUCCGUGGCAGGUGUUGCUGAAGUACGGUGAGAAGGGUUUCUGUGGUGGUGUGAUCUUAAAGCCUUCAUGGAUUCUCACAGCUUCUCACUGUCUGGAAAAACUCAAAGUCAAGUUUCUCAAGAUAGUGGCAGGAGAGCAUGACAUUGAGGUGGAGGAGGGUACCGAGCAGGUCAUUCAGGUGGAGGAGAUCAUCAUGCACCCCAAAUACGUUUCAGAGACUGCAGACAGCGAUAUCGCAUUACUGCGUCUGCGCAGCCCCAUCGUCUACAGCGCAUACGCAGUUCCCGUUUGUCUGCCGCUGCGAGACAUGGCCGAGCGUGAGCUGUGGGCCGUCAGCAUGCACGUGGUCAGCGGCUGGGGCAAACGCAGCGAGGGCGGACCCACCUCACGAUUACUGCGACGUCUGAAUGUUCCACGUAUCCGCACGCAGGAGUGUAUCGAGAUAAGCAACGUGUCGCUCACUAAUAACAUGUUCUGCGCUGGAUACAUCGAGGGGAAGCAGGACUCAUGUAAAGGGGACAGCGGCGGUCCGCUGGUGACCCCCUACAGAAACACCACAUUUCUGUUGGGUAUAGUGAGCUGGGGUAAAGGCUGUGCUCGCCCGGGAUCUUACGGCAUUUACACACGAAUCUCCAACUACCUUCAAUGGAUCCAUGAACACACAUCAAACAACUCUACAACAGCAAAGAUCGAGCUUGAAAAACAACACAAAUGAACGUCAUCAUCGUUCACAUCUUCAUAUUUAUAUCUCAUGUGAUUAUUUUGUCUACUACGCGAUUUCUCUAGUCUUGGCAUCUAUAUCUAACAAAAGAAUAUCUAAUUAAACGUAUAUGUUGUAUAUGCAACUUUACUGUAGA